AUGGGCUCUGCAAAGUGCUGGCAGAGGUCCGUGGGGAUUAUGGCCAGCCUGCAGGCCCAGCUCCAAGUGGACGCAGUCUCCUACAAGGCGGCAGCGGGCGUCAAUCCUUGGGAGCGCGGGCUGUGCUACCUGCGGGCCAUGACGGACGAGGGGAUCAGGGCAGACGCGGUGGCCCAGGGCAUUGCGGUGAACCUACAGGCACGAAGGGGCCGCUGGGACUGCUGCCUGGCGCUGGCGCUGGAUGCCAAGGGCAUCUGCGCCGCCAUGGGCGCAGGCGAUGAGUGGCCCAAAGCCUUGGCCCUCUUCGCCCGCGGGCUUUGGCGCGGCCCGCCGGACCUGGCGCUCUGGAACCGCGCGGCGCGGAUCGCCCCGUGGCGGAGCGCCUGUCGGCUGCUGGAGCAGCUGGCCCCACGCCGGCUCCAGGCGGACCUGGUGUCCCACAACUCGGCCCUGGCGGCUCUGCUCAGCGAGCGCGAGGGCCGCUGGGCGCAGGGCCUGGCGGCGGUGGAGCUUUCUGUUGGCCGAGGCCUGCGGCCAACGCAGGUGACCUGGGGGAGCCUGCUGGGCCAAAGCCGGCAGAUGCCCUGGGAGGCGGCGCUGCAGAUGCUGACCCAGUGCCAGUCCCAGCACCUCCGCAGCUCCAUCUCGGAGUCCAACGUGCUGGCGGCAUGCAGCGACGGCAGUUCCUGGGGUGCAGCUUUGGACCUGCUGCGGGCCGUGCAGAUCUCGGGGCCCGCCAAAGCAGAGGCGGAGGUGGUGGCGGCGACGCAGGCCUUGGUGGCCUACGGCCACGUGCAGCACUGGCAGCGGGCCUUGGGUGUGGCAAGGAAGCUGCUUGGGAAGGCGGACGCGGCGCUGCUCAGCGCGCUGGUGGCCGCGUGCGCGGCGGCGGCGCGCUGGCAGCAGGCGCUCCAGAUCUUUGCGUCGCUGUCCUCGUGGCGCCUGCAGCGCAGCACCGUCGCUUUCAACACCGCGCUGUCUGCCUGCGCCCGCGCGGAGCAGUGGCCCAGCGCUCUGCAUCUGCUGGAGGACCUGGGCCACGGUUUGGUGGAGGCAGACGGCCUCACCUGCAGCACCGCCAUGCUGGCGCUCGAGGGAAGGGCCUGGAGAUCUGCCACUGCCCUGCUGCGGGCGCUGCCCCGGGCACAGGUGGAGGCGGCCCUGGGCCCUGUGCCCUGUGGCUUGGCGGGGGCGCCGUGGCCAAGGGCGCUCUGGCUGGCGGCAGGCGCCUCCGCAGCCACAGCGCUGGGCCGCGCCGCGCGCUGGCGCCGCGCGCUGCUCGUGGCGCACACGGCGGACGCCUCGGGCUCCAGCUCCGCUUGUGCGGCGGCGGGCCUCGCGUGCGCGGCGGCGGUGGAAAAAGGAGCCGAGGGGAAACCGGGUGCGCCCCAGACGAGCUCCCAGAAGGCCUUGUAG